AGGAACAAAAUCUUCUUAAUACUUUGACUUCAUUAUUAAACUAAAAAAUUUUUUUUUUAAUUUUCGUGCGGUAAUAUAAAACUAUUAAUAGAAUAACUUAAUAAAUUAAUUAAAGUUAAAAAUUAAUUUUUUAAAAUUAAAAGUAAUUAAGAAAUUUCAUUAAAAUUUUGUGGAAAAAUUUUAUUUCACAAUGAAUUUAUGCAAAAUUUAUUCCGCAGGCAAUUGCGCAAGAAAUUUUAAAAUUAUAAGGAAUCUAUCAACUGGAGGACAAAAGCGGGAAAGUUCUGAAAAUUCAAAAGCUAAGACGGGAAUUUUGAUGGUUAAUAUGGGGGGUCCUAGUAAACUUGAACAGGUCCAAGAAUUUCUCACGAGAAUAAUUACUGACCGUGAUAUGAUGCAAUUACCCAUGCAGAGUAAAUUAGGACCAUGGAUUGCUAAAAUGCGUGCUCCAAAAGUGAUGAAAAAGUACAGUGAAAUAGGCGGGGGUUCUCCGAUAUUGAAAUGGUCGAAUUUGCAAGGGGAAUUAAUGUGCCAGGAAUUGGACAAAAUUUCACCAGAAUCUGGACCCCAUAAACAUUAUGUUGGAUUCCGUUAUGCUGAUCCUCUGACUGAAGUUGCAUUACAACAAAUAGAAGCAGACGGGAUCGAACACAUGAUUAUUUUUUCACAGUACCCACAUUACAGCUGCGCGACAGCAGGGUCAAGUUUUACUGUAAUUUCGGAUUAUUACAAAAAACGAGGACUUCCAAAAAAUAUGAAACUGAGUAUAAUUGAUCGGUGGGGAACGCAUCCUUUGUUAGCGCAAACAGUAGCUGAGAGAAUAAAAGACGAGUUGAAGCAUUUUGAUGAUAAAAUAAAAAAAGAUGUUAUGAUACUAUUUUCUGCGCACUCGAUACCACUGAGAGUACUCAAUCGCGGUGACUCUUAUCCCAGUGAAAUUGCUGCGACGGUUCAUAUGGUUAUGAAUGAAUUGAAUCAUUCUAAUCCUUAUCAAAUCGUAUGGCAGUCGAAGGUUGGACCACUGCCUUGGCUAGGCCCCGCUACUCACAACUCAUUACGAGGCUACGUCAGUCAAGGCAAGAAAAACUUCAUCAUCGUACCCAUUGCCUUCGUAAACGAGCACAUCGAGACUCUUCACGAGCUGGACAUUCAGUACUGCACUGAUCUCGCCCGCGAGCUAAAAAUCGAGAAAAUUCGACGCACUCCUACUCCAAAUGACCAUCCGCUUUUUAUCAAAGCUCUCGCAGAUGUCGUGAAAACUCACUUGCAUUCAAAGAAAGCGAUUUCGCCAAAAUUCGUCACUCGAUGCCCUCAAUGUAUAAAUGAAAAUUGCCAGCCAUGUAAAACUUGGUUCGCUCAAAAUUGCAGAAUGUGAUAAUUUUCAAAAAAAUUUUUUUUUAAUUUUCCAUCAAAAAAAUAAAAAGAAAUUUUUUUCCAAAA